AUGCAAGACGACAAAAUAAACUCAAAAGAUGAAAUUUCAUCAAGCUCCUCUUGUGAAGAAAAUGACGAAAAUAAAAAUAUUUUAAACCCUCCAAAUAGGACAAAAAUGAGCAAAGGGGAAAGAAGAGCCAGGAAAAUGCUUGUGAAACUUGGUUUAAAGCCAGUAUCCAAUGUGCAUAAAGUUAUUAUAAAAAAAUCAGAAAAAAUGAUUUUUGCCGUAUCCAAUGUGGAAGUAUAUCAAGUCGAGGGGACUGAAUCGUACGUCAUAUUUGGAGAUGCUAAAACGGAUGACAUAACAAACUCGAUUAACAGUCUUCUCCCGGAUAGUUUACAGAAAGAUUCUGAUAUGUUAGAUGAACAGGAAGUAAAUUUUGAAGAACCGGAAAAAAUGGAACAAAAAGUUGAAGACUUAGAUGAAGGAAAAAUAGGAGAUGUUUCUACAGAUGACAUUGAGUUGAUUAUGUCGCAAACAAAAUGUACUCGAGAAAGAGCAAUUGAAGUGUUAAAGAAAAAUAACAAUGAUUUAGUGGAGUCAAUUAUGGAGUUGAGUGGAUAA